CUGGGCUUCCCCUGCAACCAGUUCGGCUUCCAGGAGAACGGCACCAACGAGGAGAUCCUCAACAUCCUGAAGCACGUGCGGCCGGGGGGCGGCUUUGAGCCCAACUUCACCCUGUUCCAGAAGUGCCAGGUGAACGGGACGGACACUCACCCUGUCUUUGCCUACCUGAAGCUCCAUCUCCCUACUCCGGCCGACGAGGCAGCGACCCUCAUGUCGGAGCCGCGGUUCCUGUCCUGGAGCCCUGUCCGGCGCUCCGACAUCUCCUGGAACUUCGAGAAGUUCCUGGUGGGGCCUGAGGGGGAACCGUUCCGGCGCUACAGCCCCCGCAUGGCCACUGCUCAGCUGGAGCCCGACAUCCAGCGGCUCCUCAAGCUGGCCAAAUAG